AUGACGCGUUCGGACUGGAGCUCCGGCUCUUUGCCAUACGGCACCGACGUGUACGAUGUUCGCGGUGCGUAUAGACAAUUGGAGGCGUGGAGGCCGUAUAUCUUGCUCCUCGACGCCGCAUAUGUGUUGUUUGUCUGGAAGGUGGCGCCGAAAAUUCGGAAGCUAAGGACCGAUCCGAGGCUGUUGAGGGACUUGUCGAUUAUCUGGAACGCCUUCAACGCGGUCACCUCAAUGUACAUGUUUUUAUUGCUUUUGCCGGAAUUGAUCAGCUCCCUCGGAAACGGUAGGUUCAUUUCCGAAAAUUUGGGGAGUUGAUUGCAGGCUGGUAUCAUACAACCUGUAAGGUGGGAACUUUCUACACGGGACAGUGGAGUGGGCAUGCCAUGUACUUGUUCUGUUUGUCCAAAUUGUGGGAGCUGGGCGACACAAUCCUGCUGGUCCUUAGAGGUCGACAGCUUCUCUUCCUGCACUAUUUUCAUCACUCUGUGGUGCUUAUUCAAGUGAUUUUCACCUAUUAUUCAGCUGGUAAGCUGUUAUUAAUUGAAUAUUUAACUUGUGGAUGGAAGUUCCUUAUUCUGGCCACAACUUAUAACUUUGCGGAAAGUGGUCAGAAUUAGCCCAAAUUUUGGCGUGCAGGCUCAAUUCAUCGUUGUCAAUGCAUGGCAUUUAGCUUGUGAGGCACCUUCUUUUGUACGUACCACCUUACCCUUCAAAAGCGGCUGCAACCUGGGAUUUUACACUUUAUACGAUGAAACCUGUCCGGAACUAAACUUAUUGCCUCUGUGUAGAACAAAAUGAGUCGUCAUAACCUUCUUAGGUACCUUUAAAACUAUUCAGCAACUAUCGGAAUUCAGUGCCAGCUAGAUCGACGCCGUUUUCCUAAUUUUAGUUCCUAAGCUUGGGCGCAGUUCGCAGAGUACCUUUGUUGUGGCCAGAGUAAGGAACUUUUUCCGAAUAUAUUUAACUUGUUUUUUUAAAUGUUUCACCAGAUUCUACACCGUUUUUUUAUAUCUCUAAGAAAAAUCAUCUUUUUGUCGUUUUUUUAUAAAAAUAAUUUUAUUUUUGCACGACCGCUUAAAAAAUUCAUUUUUCCCCCUAUUUUUAGGAUCUAUGGCCCGACUUGGAACCGACAUGAACUCCUUUGUCCACUCCUUGAUGUAUUCGUACUUUGCUUUGGUCAAUGUUGUCCCAUCAAUCCGCAGAUUUGCCCCCGUCAUCACUUGCCUGCAAAUCAGCCAAUUCGUCGUGGCUUGUAUUGGAAUGCUGAGCCUGGCCGGAUACGUAAUGGCCGGAUACGAGUGCGAGACCAACAAGAUGGCCCUUCCAUUGCAUUUUGCAAUCUACGUCAUCUUCUUCGGCUUGUUCACCCAAUUCUUCGUCGACUCGUAUGGCACGAAGAAAGGGUCGGAGAGACAACGGCCCGGAAGAAGUUUGAGGGCCAAAAAGAGGGUCUAG